AUGGCGAGCGCAACGGCGACUUUGACUUCACUGCAGACGGCGAGCGCGUCUUCGAAUCCGAUGGACACGGCGACGGCGAAGGCGAAUUCGACAGAUCCACAUGAUGCUAAGGAGAUGACGAUCACAAGAGAGUUACCGGAGCAGACAAUGGAGAAGUCAACAGUUCCUACGGAUCCAAAGGAGAUGGAGAUUUCAGAAGACCUUUCCGCGAGGGUAACGGCUUAUUCAGAGGAUACAACUGGUUCCAAAGGGAAGCCUUCUGACGGAGAGCGCGUAAAGACUCCGAGGACAGGGACCACCCUAUCGGAGGCAGGCGGGGAGCUCGAAGAGUCGGGAGAGGUUCGGAAGAAACCCUCGGACCAGGAUCUGGAGAAAUCUCAGGUCAACGAUGGUGGAGCAGAUGGAUCCCCUUCCCUGAUCUCACCUUGGACAGGGGACAGGGAAGCAUCGUCACAACCUAUUUUUGAGGAAUCUAAUGGAGUGGUUUCAAUGGUGAUCCCAGCAGCGGUCUUAUCUGAUGCAAAUCCUCUGUGGAGAUGCUAUGUUGUGGGCUAUUUCAUCGGGGAUGCUCCUCAUGUAGGAUCAAUCCAUGCCACCGUAAAUCGGCUCUGGGCUACUCCAAAAAACAAGACUAAGAUCGAUGUCCAAUUUAUUGAGAAGAAUACGGUCUUGUUCCGUAUUGAGAAUGAACAAAUGAGAGGAAGAGUUUUGCAGAAGAAGUAUUGGCACGUAGCGGAUAUCCCUCUGGUGGUGAAUGAGUGGUCUCCGGAGACUGCAACUCUGAAGCCUGACCUCACUUCCAUGCCUAUGUGGAUUGAUCUGCGGGGGGUGCCCAGCCUUUUGUUUUCAGCAAAAGGUUUGAAGUGCCUGGCUAAGGGUGUUGGCAAGUAUGUAAAGUUGCAUCCUAGCACAGAGAGAUGCAUACGUCUGGACACUGCACGAAUCCUUGUGGAAGUCAAUCUUCAUAAGGAGCUGGUAGAGAGGAUCGAUUUCCAGGAUGCUAGCGGGGAGAAGGUUUCAGUCGACGUAUGCUACCCUUGGUUGCCUCCUAAAUGUAGUGUGUGUAAGGCGUGGGGACACAAGGGAGUGAAUUGCAUUUCACCACAGGUUAAGAUACUGAAGGCACAGUCAGGAAAGGGAAAAGAGAUCUGUGCUUCCGAAACAAACGAAAUUGCAGAGGUUGGAGAGAAUCAGAAUCAGAAUGUGGUGGGAAAUUUAUUACAGGAGUUGGAAGAACUGGCCGUGGAGAAGUCAAAUGAAACUGGUUCUUCAAGCGACCGAAUGAAUGAGAAGUAUGGUGAUGGAGCAAAGCUUGGCGAAAGUAACGACAUACUUUUGAAUGUGCAGGGAAACGAGGAAGGGUCUGUACUUGAUACAACAGAGCAGAAGUGGUCACUAGUGCCUACUCACAACAAAGUUCAAAGUGGGACAGAAGAAGGAAAGAGCAAGGGCAUCACGGUAUCCCCUUCUCGAUUCAAUGUUCUGGCUAUCUCAGAGGAUGAGGGAGAAUUAGACGACAUAGAGGAAGGGGAGCUGGUAACUAUGUUGCACAAGAGUUCCCAAGUCAUCACUUGUGUAGUUCAAAUACCUGAGACGAAGGAGCAGUUUAUUUGUUCUGCGAUAUACGCUUCUAACUUUGAAGCUGAGCGUAGAGAAUUGUGGGAAGAUAUGCGAGGCACACAGGCAGCUUACAAGCAUCUCGACAUGCCAUGGAUUCUAUUAGGAGAUUUCAAUGUAACCCUAUCUUCAGGGGAACAUUCUCGGGUCCGUGACUAUCUUACUGACCAGAGAGGGAUGCGACAGUUCCAGGAGGUGGUCAGUGAUUGUGUGCUUACUGAUUUGGCAUAUACUGGAGCGAUUUUUACAUGGUGGAACAAGCAAGAUACAGAUCCUAUUGGGAAAAAGCUUGAUAGGGCACUCAUAAAUGGGGCCUGGCUGAGCGCUUUCCCUAAAUCUUUUGCAAAGUUCGAAGCUGGUGGAAUCUCUGACCAUGCCCGAUGUGUUAUUCAGUUGUCUGAGAAUAGAGAGGAUGUGCGGAAGCCUUUCAGAUUUUACAAUUAUCUGACAGAGCAUGAGGAGUUUCUACCAACGGUUGCUAAGUUGUGGGAAAGCACAGAAUCACUCCAUCACUCCCGGGCUUCAUUGGGGAUGUUCCAUAAAAAACUUAAGGCCUUGAAGUAUGAGAUGAGACUCAUGAAUAAAACGCAUUAUGGUGAUCUUCCUGCUCGAACCAAGCAAGCUUACGAGGUAAUGUGCGACUGUCAGAAUCAGGUUUUGAUGGAUCCAAACCCAAUGACUUUCGCGGCAGCAGCAGUAGCAUCAGACAGGUGGAACAAGCUGGCUCGCAUAGAAGAAAAGUUUUUCAGACAGAAAUCGUGCAUCCGCUGGCUAGCUGCAGGGGAUCUAAAUACUGCUUUCUUUCACCGGUCGGUCCAGUCAAGAGCAUCUUGGAAUGCAAUUAGACAACUUCAAACUGAGAAUGGAGAGAUUCUCAAUGACCCAAAAGCAAUUUCCAGGGAAGUGGUCCAACAUUUUCAACGCUUUCUGCAAUCUCAGGACCUCGAGUUGGCAAACGACUCAACAUCCAUUUUGACGGAGUUACUUACUUAUAGGUGCGAUCUUCACGCAGCCUCGCGGCUUGUAGCUCCAGUGCUGCCUCCUGAGAUACAAGAAGCAAUACACGCCUUACCCGAUGAUAAGGUUUCUGGUCCUGAUGGAUACACAAAGGAAUUCUAUGUCGCGGCUUGGCCAAUAAUAGGAAGAGACUUUAUCGUUGCCGUGCAGUCAUUCUUCAUAUAUGGGUUCCUGCCCACAGGAGUAAAUGCAACGAUCCUCUCACUUAUCCCUAAAACAGAUUCGGCUGGUACACUGAAGGAGUAUAGGCCAAUCGCAUGCUGCAACUUUCUGUACAAAGUUAUUUCCAAGAUACUCGCGUCUAGACUCAAAAGUAUCUUACCUGAAGCUAUAGAAGCAAAUCAAUGUGCCUUUAUUAAGGAUAGACUCCUGCUGGAAAAUGUGCUGCUUGCUACAGAGUUGGUAAACGGAUACCACAACAGGAAAAAUUCUGACAGAUGCACCAUUAAGUUUGACAUAUCCAAGGCUUUCGAUACAGUAAGAUGGUCAUUCAUAACAGAUGUUCUCCGAGCUAUGGGCAUACCUGAUCUUUUUGUCCAUUGGAUCAACGUGUGCAUCUCCACGGCAGCAUUCUCAGUCUCCGUAAAUGGCAGUCUAGAAGGGUUCUUCACAAGCGCAAGAGGUAUAAGACAAGGAUGCUUACUUUCCCCAUAUCUAUAUGUCAUCAUCAACAAUGUGUUGUCUAAGAUGCUGAAUCAGGAAGCAGGCACAGGUUUAUUUGAAUAUCACCCACAAUGCCAAGGAGUGGGGCUGACACAUCUGAGCUUCGCUGAUGAUAUCUUGGUUUUCACCAAGGGGACGGCAGAUUCCGUGAAGGGGGUUAUGCUGACUAUGGAAAAAUUCGCAGCCAUGUCAGGACUGCAUAUUAAUUCCUCAAAGUCAUCUAUAUAUGCUUCGGGGCCGAGUACUGAAACUCUCCGCGAAGAAGCUCUCAGAUUAGGGAUUGCAGUAGGCAGCUUGCCUAUUCGGUACUUGGGCUUGCCGUUAACUACAAAGGCGCUGACCAAACUCGAUUAUGAGCCGCUCAUUGACAAAAUCAGAUCACGUAUGCUAUCAUGGACUAACAAAACACUCUCUUUCGCGGGUCGCCUACAGCUGAUUAAGUCAGUAGUAUUCAGCAUUCUGAACUUCUGGAGCUCUGCUUUCAUUUUACCAAUGGGCUGUUUGGAUGAUAUAGAGAGUUUAUGCAGUGCUUUCUUGUGGCCGGGUUCCCCGAACAAUUCACACAAAGCUAAAGUUAAAUGGGAUGAUUUGUGCUAUCCGAAAUCAGAGGGGGGACUGGGAAUCAGGAGGCUUCGUGAUUCGGUAAGAGUAGGUGCGCUAAAAUUGAUCUGGAGAUUAUACACGGUCUCGAAAUCUCUUUGGGUAUCUUGGAUUCAACAUUACCUCCUGCGGUACAGUUCAUUUUGGGAUGUUCGAGAUGACACUACGGGCUCCUGGAUGUGGAGGAAAAUUUUAAAAAUGAGAAACAUGGCGUAUCAGUUCAUAAGGGUCGAAGUGGGGAAUGGUAACCGUGCUUUCUUCUGGCACGAUGACUGGCUACGAAUUGGAAAGCUUAUAGAUAUUACAGGAGCAACGGGUACGACUUAUCUUGGGAUUCUGCGUAAUGCUAAAGUUAGUGAGGCUGUCUCUGAAGGCCGGUGGAAGAUACGAGGCCAACGGAACCACCAUUUUCAUGAGUUGCAUCAUAGAGUACAGAUCGAACCGGUACCUAAUGUCGCUAAUGGACCUGAUAAGUUCCUAUGGAGAUAUGAUGAAGGUCUUUAUCAAGACAGUUUCAAUGCAGCGAAAACAUGGGAGCAGAUAAGAAGCAAGCGACCUGAAGUAGUCUGGAGUAGAAGUGUUUGGUUCAAACAAAGGAUCCCAAGGCAAGCAUUCCUAGUGUGGCUUGCAAUACAGAAUAGGCUAUCAACCGGUGAUAGAAUGAGAAAAUGGGGAAUCAACCAGGGAUGUGUGUUAUGUGGAGAAAGAGACGAGACACGAGAUCAUCUGUUUUUCGCAUGCCCAUACUCUUAUACGGUUUGGGAUCGUCUCGCUAGCAGAUUGGUAGGUAGGAGGAUCAACCCGGACUGGCAUGAUAUGCUAAGGUAUACACAAGAAGGCACAGCCAAUGAGAUGGAUAUGAUUCUCACCCGUCUAGUGUUCCACGCUGUCGUGUACAAUAUAUGGCGAGAAAGGAAUACACGAAGGCACCAACUAGGAUAUCAGGGUACUCAGCAAAUGAUCAAAACUAUCAACAGAGGUAUCAAAAACAGGAUCACCUCCCUUGGUUACAAGUUCGGUCACAAGUUCAAUGGACUCCUGAGGAGAUGGUUUGAAGUUUUCGAUUAG